AUUAGUAUUACUCCUCAAUAUGCAGGCGACAAAAACCGACAGUUUGGUCGCAAUUAAAUAUCAAAAAUGGUUAAUGAUACUGACUGCAAUGUGGCCACUGGAUAAUCCAUCAAAACGCUACACAUACACUAAUUACUUUAUACUAUUCUGCGUUAUUUUGAUCACCUGCAUCCUAACAAUGGAGAUGUCUGUACAGGUUAAUAACAUUGAGGUUUUUAACGAUAUGCUGACAAUUAUGAUGUCUAUUGCGUGCUAUGUGAUCAAGCAUAUCAUAUAUCAGAUAAAGCUAAAGUCCUUUGCCAAAACUCUGAAGUUUAUCAAGAGGGACAUCUUCUUCGAUUAUCCUGAUGAACUGGAUCAUAUCAUGCAAGAAGAGACAAGUUUUGUAUCGCGUAUUAAUAUCGUAUACCAAAUUGCUUGCUAUUUAGCAAUGGUGCUACUAGUCACAAAACCAUUCAUCUUCUAUGUGCAAACACACAAAUUUCGGCCGAUGUAUGAGAUUACAUUUCUCAAUUUGAGCGCGGCUGCUCAGCCAAUGUUGCACGCAUUUGAAACUUUUUCGUUUUUCUGUGCCGUUAAUAAUAAUUCGUGCUUGGACACAGUUUCAGGCGGUUUCAUAAUUAUUGCCGCAACACAUUUUAAGAUUUUGAACAGAAAGAUUAGAGAUUGUCGUAAAUGGGUAGAAAUGAAAACGGAUGAGAAAUCCAAGAUGACGGAGAUAAAUGAAAGAGUGAAUGACUGGCUGGCGCAGUGCGUUCAACAUCACACAGCAAUUUUGCAGCUUGUUGUAUUUAUUGAAGAUACCUUCAAUAAAUGCUUUUUAGUUCAAUGCCUAGCAAGCGUUAUUGUUAUUUGCAACAUUGGUUUCCAACUUGUUCAUACAACAAUUAUGAUACAGUUCAUUGCAAUGACCAUUUAUCUGUUUGCAAUGUUGACACAACUUGCUCUGUAUUGUUGGUUUGGAGAUAAACUAAUGUUAAAUAGCGAAAAUGUAAAAGAUGCUUGCUAUCAGAGUGACUGGGUGGAUUUCAAUUUAAAAGUUAGAAAGUCACUGUUUAUUAUCAUGGAACGUUCAAAACGACCGGUAUACUUAACAGCUGGUGGAUUUGCAAAUCUAUCUUUGGAUUCAUAUAAAUCCAUUUUAAAGUCCGCGUAUUCCUAUUUUGCGCUAAUGCAAACUUUGUAUUCGCAAAAGGAACACGAAUUAAUGAUUGAAACAACAAUGUACCCGCACAAUUUAAAAGUUCACAAAAUGAAGGUCCAAGUUGAGGAACCCAGCAAGCCCGAUAGCUUAGACGCGAUAAAAUACCAACGAAUGUUAAUGAUAAUGACGGGCAUGUGGCCUUUUGACAAUCGUACAAUAUCGUACAAGAUGAAGAACGUGCUGGUUUUCUUCUGGAUGAUUUUUGGCACGGGUGUCUUGACAAUUGAAUUGUACGUGCAAAUAGGCCACAUGGAAGCAUUUACUAACAUUGUUACAAUUUGGAUAUCAGUUGUGUGCACCAUUGUCAAGAAUGUAAUCUAUGAAUUCAAACGUGAAAGCUUCAAAAGCGCUAUCAACAAAAUAAACGAACCUAUCUUCAAGCAAUAUCCCGACGAAUUAAAGCAUAUUAUAGAAGAGACCAUUAGCAAAACUAUCAAAAUUUGCUGUUUUUAUCAGUUAUCGUGCCUGGCGGCACUCAUUUUGCUAUGUGGUGGACAGUUUUUCACGUGGCCUGUAACGCCAUUGUUUCCUAUUACCUUUUUUGAAACUACGCCGUUUAGUAAUCUACUCAUGCACAUGCUGGAAACUUCGACUAUGGUAAUCUGCGCGUGUAACAACUCUUGCUUGGACACUGUUUCAGGCGGAUUUAUAGCUAUUGCGACCGGAAAUUUUAAGGUUUUAAAUGGUAUGAUUAAAGACGUACGAACCUGGACUAAUAAAUACACCAAAACAGACGAAGUUGAUAAUGCGUUAGUCAACAAAUGGCUAGCACACUGUGUUAAACAUCAUAUUGCAAUAUUAGAUUUUAUUGGGCUAGUGGAGAGAAAUUUUAGUAUUGGUUACUUGAUGCAAUUUUGUGGUAGUAUCAUUGUUAUAUGUAAUGUAGGAUUCCAGUUGGUUCAUGCAGAGGCUACAUCACACGUUAUAGCAAUGGGAAUGUAUUUCAUGGCAAUGUUAACUCAGCUAAUAUUAUAUUGUUGGCUUGGGAAUGAAUUAUUAUUAGAGAGUACUACCAUACAAGACUCAUGUUAUUUGUCAGAUUGGAUUAACUUCGAUACAAAAGUACGCAAAACGUUGUUUAUUAUUAUGGAGAGAUCAAAACGACCUGUUUACCUCACCGCCGGGAAGUUUGCAAACUUGUCCCUGGAUUCGUUUAAGUCUAUAUUGAAAUCUGCAUAUUCGUAUUUUGCACUGAUGCAAACGCUUUACCGAAAAAAAGCAAAUGAUGCAGCUAUGUAAGUACCUGUAAUCAUAUUUAAGUACUAAUAUAAAUAAGAACGUAAAAUGUUAUGAAGUAAGUUGUACCAAAAUUUGUUGCAUUAUUAUUAAAACAAUUUGUGUGUUAACAA